AUGAAGAGGCUUUUGCGAUCAGAAAAUGGCCGCCGUUUUACAUAUGUCACAGAUCAAAGCAAAAAAUCGCUUUUGAGGUUCAUUCUUCAAAUUUCCUUCCAGUGCCCGAGUCUCUUAUUCCGAACAAUGCAGAGCUACCAAGUUCAUCUGCUGGUUGUCACACUGCUCUUGUCGAUUGUCGAGCUUGCAUUAAGCGAUAUUUUGCGAACUGAAGCUCAUGAGGAAGAACGAAUGCCCAACUGGCUUGCCGGGGUUCAGACUCGUUCUUCUUCCGGUCACGAGCAGGCAGUGCAGAAAAUUGGAGGAAUUAUGGAAAAGCAUUUGGGAGAAGGAAACUUCAAAGAUGCAGACUUUUACAAGAAGUUUCUUGAAGCGGUCACGACGGACAGCAGUUUUAUUUCGCGCUUUAAAAAACACAGUUGGCCAUUCCAGGGAAAACAUGCAAGAAGGAUAAACUUUGACGCUUUGGUAAAGCUCUUUGGAAUAGAUCGCGCCCGACAAGUCUUCUUUUCUGCUGUUGAUGAGUGGUCAAACCAGCAGCAGCUUGAUGACGGAAAUCAGCUCAUGAGUUUGUAA